AUGGGUAAACUGACGCACGGCCUCGCAGUCGAGGCGUUCAACUUGUUCUCCAUCGCGUUCUGGGAGGAGCGCAGCGUGCUGGAGGCGCAAGCUAUGCUGGGAUUCGCCGCGUCGGUUAUGGCCGAGACCACCGACAAGCAGGUGAUUGUCGACAUCAUGGCGCCCAUGGUGCUAGAAAUCGCCGAGCUGAAGCAGAUGUACCCGGCAUACUACGCGAUCCCGGUCGUUGUGGGCGCCUCCAGCAACUUCAUCAUGCCUGCGUCGGUGCCACUUGCCAUCCUGCACGACCUCUCGAGGGUGUCCUUCUGGAAGCUUGUGGGUAUUAGUGCCAAGUGCGAUCGGCAUUUCGCGUCGUGUGACAGGGUUAUUGUUCCUCUGUAUGGUUAG